AUGCCUAGCCAGGGCCUGUCUCAGAGCCACUCGCAGGACCUGGCCAUCUCACUGACGCUAGAGGACGAGUUUCCUGAGCUCUCGGCCAGCCAGGUGCUGGCAGCACUGCAGCAGGCGGGCGGCAGCCUCGAGGCGGCACGCCAGCUGUGCUCGCGGGCAGUCUCCGCUGCAGCCUGCCACCCAGGCAGCGCAGCGCAGCAGGGCGCCCCGCAGCAGCACCGGAAGUGGUGGCCCGCAUCCCAGUUCUGCCCCGUUGAGCCCCUGGUGGCCACCAGGAGCAGCAGCUUUGGCAACAGCACCGCCACCAGCAGUAGUGCAGCCAGGCGGCCGCUCCUGGUGCCUCACCAAGUCGUGCCUGCCCAGAGGAGCCCCGCCACAUCGGGUCUGGCCACCUACCAGCAGCCCGCCAUGCAGCCCUCUGCAGGUGGCGCCCGCGGCGGCAGCCAGCCAGGCGUGGGCCAGCAGUCGCCCGCCACAUCCGCCAUUCGCCGGCUGGUCGGCGGCGCCAGUGGCGACGCCCCCAGCAGCAGCAGCACCGCCGCCGCUGCCAACGUCAGGCCUCCAGGCGGCAUCCUGCAACGCAGCACCGUGGCAGCCAGUACCACCGGCAGCACGAGCAGCGGCAGCGGCAGCGCCCCCGCAGGCGCCCUGCCCGCCGCUGCGCAGCGCCGCCAGCGCGAGGCGGCGCAGGGGGAGCGGCAGCCGCUGCGCCCGCACUAUGCCGCCGUCUUCCUGACCGACAAGAGCCGCCAGCAGCUGCUGCAGCACGUGCCGCCGCUGCACGAGGUCGUGACUGCAGACCACAUGACGGUCGCCUACCAGCCUUCCUUGGACGAGUGCCUGGCGCUGCCGCUGGGCCGCGAGGCAGCGCUAUUUGUGGCGGGCGCGGCGGCAGACUACCGGGCGCAGGCAGUGGCCGUGGAGCACCCCUCCUGGCUGCCCUUCCUCUCCGGGACGCCGCCGCACGUCACCGUGUCGGUCGGGGAGGAGGUGCCGGGCAAGGAGGCGGGCGACGUGACGGCGGCGGCGCUGGAGCAGCCUGGCAUGCUGGCGCCUGUGGCUCGCCUCAAGCUGCUGCAGGGCGUGGUGGGCGUUCAGCUGUCAGACGGCAGCCGCGUGUAUGCGGCAGACGAGCUGCAAUCCAGGCUGGCGGCUGCGGCGCCCACGCCAGCAGCGCCGCGCACUGGAGGACCUGCUCGCAUCCUGAAGCGCGGAGCCGCGGCGCCGGCAGCCCCGCGAGGGACUGCGGAACCGGCUGCGGCGGCAGAGCCGGCCACUGAGCCAGCCGUCCCUGCAGCAUCCCCGCCACCUGCCACUGCCACCACCAGCAGCAAGGCAGCAGCCUGGGAUCUGGAUUCGCUGAUGGAUCAGCUUCACCUAGCCGAGCAGCCGGCAGCCCCACCAAGCGGCCCCGCCAGCAGCAGCAGCAGCGCCGGCCCGGCGGCAGCCCAGCCGCAGCCGCGGCGCGGCCUGCUCAAGCUGCCGGCCGCCGUGGCAGCCGAAAUGGCGGCUCCUGCAAGGGAAGACGCGGGUCCAGCGGCCGGCAGCAGCAGCAGUGGCAUCAGCAUCAGGGGCCCGCCGCGCCCGCUUGCCGUGCGCCGGCCGCAGCAGCCGCAGCAGCAGCCCCCUGCACCCCGGAAGCAGGAGCAGCAAGGGUACGGCGCCGGCGCUGGUUCCAGUGAGGGCUUCUGGGCGGAGCCAGCUGCUGCCGUCACUGUGCUGGGCAAGACAGUGGAGGAGGAGGCAGCCGAGGCGGCUGCCGGCGAUGCCCCGCUGGACAUGGUCAGCAGCCUGGCCUUCCUGCUGCCGCCAGAGCGCGAUGCGGCCAAAACGCCAGCAGCCACGGCGGCGGCGGCGGUGGUGUCAGAGCUGGGCCCCGGGUACGAGACCAGCAGCAGCAGCAUCGCAAGCCUGGGGGAGCCGCAGCAGCAACUGGAUGGGGAGGUGGCAGCCGCCGCCGUGGUGGACCCGCAGCUGCUGCAGCUGCUGCAGCUGCAGUUCCCGGCGCUGCACGAGUUGGUGGUGGAGACGGCGCUGCGCAUGCACGGCGGCAGCCUGCAGGCCGCCGCCCAGUUCUUGGGGGUGCUAGACCAGCAGCAGCAGGGCCUGGCCGCAGCGGCAGCCGCGCAGCAGGCAGGGGCGGGGCCGCGGCAGCCCACGCUGGGCGCCUACUUGCAGCACGUGCUGCCUGAGGGCGGGCCCGCUGAUGGGGCCUACGACUUUGUGCCACCCAGCAGCAGCAGCAGCAGCAGCCCCGCCAGCUUUGCAGACUCCGGCUACGACAUGUACCACCCAGGCGCUGCGGCCGCCGCUGGAGGAAAGCAGCGCGCGGGCGCCCCCGCCGCCGGGCGCGGCUGGCAGCAGCAGCAGCAGGGAGGCGGCGGGCGAGGAGGCAGGGGUGCCAAGGCCGCCCAGGAGGCGUUUGCCACGGGCCAGGCAGCGCUGGGCAAAGAGAUGCAGGCGACGGCGCGGGCCCACGCUGACGCCGCCAGCUCAGCGCGCCGCCGCGCCAACGUGUCCACCAACGCCGCCGUCAUGAACAGCUUCACUCUGGACCUGCAUGGCCAGCACGUGGACGAGGCGCUGCAAUCGCUGGAGAGGUAUCUGCUGACGCUGGGCGGGCUGGGCCACCCAGGCGGCGUGAGGCUGCAGGUCAUCACAGGCCUGGGGCGGCACAGCGUUGGCAACGUGCCGCGCGUGCUGCCCGCGGUGGUGCGCUAUCUCAGCGAUGCCGGCUACAAGUUCGAUUCAGAGGAAGGCAACCCGGGCAUCGUCAACGUCAUGAUUGGUUGCUGA